UCAAAACUUCCUGUCUACUUUUCGUGGAUAGUGCUACUCGUGUUCGCCUACAUUCGCGAAACUCUACGAAAAUGGGGACUCGAACACGACAAAGCUCACAAGGAACUGCCGAAACAAAAGGAUUUCGUGCCAUUAUUCGCGGACUUCGAAUCUGUAUAUGCCCGUAAUUGCUACAUGCGAGUUCGGGACGUGUUCGAGCGACCGAUCGGCUCUGUACCGGGUGCCACCGUGAACCUUGUUGACAGAACCACCGAUGACUACAACUGGACUUACAAAUACCCAGGAACUCAGACGAAUGUUAUCAAUGUUGGCUCGUACAACUACCUAGGCUUCGCACAAACCAGUGGUCCGUGUGCCGAUGCAGCUAUUGCUCAGAUUGACAGCGAGGGUCUGGCCACAUGUACGACAGUGCAUGAGAGAGGCUUCGCACAAACCAGUGGUCCGUGUGCCGAUGCAGCUAUUGCUCAGAUUGACAGCGAGGGUCUGGCCACAUGUACGACAGUGCAUGAGAGAGGCCGUUCCGUCUCUCAGUACAAACUUGAGAAGCUCGUCGCCGAAUUCCUUCAUGUUGAAGACGCGAUUGUUUUCAGCAUGGGCUUUGCAACGAAUUCAAUGAACGCCCCGUGUCUCGUCGAUAAGCACUCUUUGAUCAUUUCCGACCAACACAAUCAUGCUUCGCUUAUACUUGGAUGUCGCCUUUCUGGUGCUUCGACAAAAGUCUUCAAGCACAAUGAUAUGAUCUCACUAGAGAAAAUUUUGCGCAAUGCUAUUGCCUAUGGCAACCCGAACACACAUCGCCCAUAUAAGAAAAUUUUGAUCAUUGUUGAAGGUAUCUACUCAAUGGAAGGAUCUAUCUGCAAUCUUCCCCAAGUGAUUGCUUUGAAAAAGAAGUACGGCGCUUAUCUGUAUCUAGACGAAGCUCAUUCAAUAGGUCAGCUUGUUUUUCUGAAGCAAUCAUUACAUUAUAGAUAA